CAGACUUCAUCAAUCAUAGCAUUGCUGCGAGGGAAUCGAAAAACCAGAAAUUUCAAAUCCAUCCAAUAUGUCCGACUCGGAGGUCAAGGGCAAAGGUGUCGCGGAUGACCAUGACGCGGCACAAGAUGAGGAAUUCGUCCCCGACGAAGCAGGAGAGGACGGUGCUAGUGGCGAAGCUCAGGAGCCGGACCCUGAAGACGUGAAGGAGGUCUUGGCAGACGAUGAAGUGGACAACGAGGAACCCGCGGAAGCGAACGAGGACCAACAGGCCGAGGUCGAUGAAGUUUACGACUCAGGUGGAGAUUUAAACGAAGACAUCGAGAGCGAAGUCUCUGUCGAGGAUGAAGACGACGACGACAAAGACAAACCGCGCGGAACGAAACGCGAGUACGAAGACGACCCUGAGGCGACACCAAACAAGAAACAGAAGGAGUCAGCAGACAAGAAUGGCGAAGCCGACAAACCGGAAACAAAUGGCGCUGAAGGGGAGGGCAAAGUCGGCUCGAAGCAUGAUGAGCCGCGGGACCCUGAAACGCAGGGCUCAGCGGAGAGGCUGCCAGAGGUGGGCCAGCAGGUUGAGUGGAAGGCGCUACCAGGCUUUGUGGAUGGCGAGGUCGUCGAGAUCCUGCGGGAGGAGAAGGAGGUAGAUGGGAAAAGCGUCAAGGCGAGCGAGGAUGACCCACGGCUUGUGUUGAAGAGCAACAAGUCUGGCAAGAUCUGUGUGCACAAGCCCGAGGCCGUAUACUUCAAAUGAGGGGACCUGGAGAUUUCCUAUACCCAGUAAUAGAAGCGUGCCGCCUACAAGACGCGAAUGUAUCGUUGCAUCUCAGGCAUUUGUAGGUAGC